AUGUUGUCUGCUGGUGAACGGCCUCAGCCGUCGACUAUCAAUGCUUCCCUAGUCUCUCCCGUCAAGCCCGUUGCUCUCAAUCACUCAGCCCACUCUACCGCAACCUGGCCGGAGAUGGACCAGGUCGGGAAUAUUCAGCACAUCUGGGUCAUUACCGGUCCCGCAGGAUGUGGGAAAAGCACCGUGGGUCGCGGCCUGCAGGAGGAAUUAAAUUGUCCCUUUCUCGAGGGUGACGACUUCCAUUCCCCCUCCAACAAACAAAAAAUGACCCAAGGCAUCCCCCUCACCGAUGAAGACCGCUGGGACUGGUUAAUCUCGCUCCGCAAAGCCGCCAUCGACGCCCUCUCCCCCUCCGACUCGAAUAACUUCCACCCACCCUCCGGCGUCAUCGUCGCCUGUUCCGCGCUCAAGCAGAAAUACCGUGAUGUCAUGCGCGUUGCUGCAUACGGCACACCCCUCGUCCAGAUCCAUUUUAUCUACCUGCGGUUGUCGGAGAGCGUGCUUAUCCAGCGCGUGAACCAGCGUGAGGCGCAUUAUAUGAAGAGUGGGAUGGUGCACUCGCAGCUUGAGGUCCUCGAGGAGCCGCUUGGGGAGUGGGAUGCAUUGACUGUUAAUGUUGAGGGGCCGAAGGAGGAUGUGCAGAAGAAUGUGUGGGAGUUAGUUGGGGCCAAGUUGGCGGAGUAUGAGUAG